UGCUGAUGCUGGGUCCCAGCGGCCCCGACUGCGUGGCACGUGUGGCGCCCGCGCUGCCCUCCUGCGGCUGCGUGUGGUUGGACUGGGAGCUGCCGGUGGUGGGGGCGGAGCGGGAGUGGGUGCCGGCGGCCGUACCCAUGUGGCACAACAGGUACCGCCUAGCAGCUCGCAUCGUACGACAGCGCUACAACGUCUUCUUAACCGACACGGACGUCAUCUUCUUCGACGACCCCUACCUCUACUUCAAGCAGCCGCCCUUCUCCAACUUCACCAUCAUCAACCAGCCCGAGCUGCUGUACGAACAGGCGGAUUACGGCAGGGAGCGGGACCCCAAUGGCGGGGUGCUGUAUGUGCAGAAUGCGGCGCCGGAUGGGCCGGCGGCUUGGCUGUUAGCAGAGGUGGUGGACAGGCUGCUGCGGUGGAUUGACGACGGCUUCUCCCUCACCCGCACCACCCACUCGCUGGCCACCUGGUGCAACUACAUGGACCAGGACGCGCUGAGGGAUGCCAUCAGCAGCGUGCGGCUGGGCCGCCUCUUCUUCGCCGCCAGCAUGCGCGACUGCCGCACGGGGGAGUGGCGGGAGGCGCAUGCAGCGGAGCAUGAGGCCAUCCUGGCGGCCAUUGACAGCCUGCUGGAGGGGGACGGGAGCAGCGGGAACAGCAGCAGCAGCGCGGUGGAGAGCAGCCGGGUGGAGCUGCCAGCGGAGAUGAGGGCGGCGGCGGGCGGGGUGGAGAGCGUGGAGAUCAGGCAUUUCCUCAUGCGCCUGCCCACCUACACCCCCUGGGACCCCGCCUACGGCCCCUACCUCUACCCCGCAUCCCGGGGGCAGCUGUCGACCCAGUGGGUGGAGCAGCUGCGGCGGGAGUGCGACUGCCCCCUCUGGCCUGACCCCUCCGACCCCACCUCCGCCAAUACCACCUCCUCCACCUCCUCCUCCACCUCCACCACCUCCACCACCCGCCCACCUGCUGCUGUGGAGCGCUACCUGCUUGCUCCGCCCUUCCUGGCUCUCAACUGGUUCGCCCGGGGCCGGCUGGGGUACUGGCACCGCGGGCUGACCCCGGGGGGGGCGCCGCAGCAGGUGCUUGGCCACCUUCACUACAUACCAGG